GCGCGGGCAGCGGGCGGAAGCGGGAAGGCGGUGGGCCGUUCCUUGCCGCCCUCUCGAGCAGGUAGCGGCGGGACGCGGAGCGCUGUCCUCACCGAGGGCUGAGGGGAAGAGUGCAGCUGCCCUGUGCUGCCCGGACUAGGUUCUGCUUUCAGCGUGAGCCCUUGCACUUCUCUUCUGCCUGAACUGCCCCGCAGCCGUUAUCUAUGGAGACCGAGUCCCCGCUGUGACAUACAGUGUUAUAACGACAGCAACUAUGCCUGUUCAAUUGCUAAAGAUCAUUAAAGGAAAACCUGAGACUCAGCUUCCAAGCCACUUGCAGAGGGAGGAGUUAAAACAUUUGCAAAUAGGACUUGACCAUACCAACAAAUAUUUCCAGGGAAUAGUUAUUCUUUCCUACCCACUAACAAAACUUGGAGAUGGUACAGACUUUUUCAAGAUUGUUCUUCAAGAUGACACAUGUUCAAGGAUUAACAGCCUCAAUAUUCUAAUAUAUGGAAAAAUGGCAGAGGAUUGUGCAAAACUUAUACGUAACGGGGACAUCUUCGUGGUUGCUGGAUUUAAGGUGGCAGAAUCUCCUACAGCAAGAGAAGAUGGUAGACAUGCUUGCCACCUGCAGGUGUCUGAAGAAGCUGGAUCAGCCAUUUAUAUUUGUACACAGCCAAGCGUAACUCCUUUUUCAGGAACUACAUCUGCAUCUGUUGCACCAAAAUACGUGUAUACUCCUUUGAAUUGCCUUAAAGAUGGGACUGUAGUGAAUUUGUACGGCAUUGUGAAAUUCUUCAAGCCUCCUUAUAUAAGCAAAGGAACAGAUUAUUGCUCAGUUGUAACACUUGUGGACCAAUCGAAUGUGAAGUUAACAUGCACUCUUUUCAAUGGAAAUCUAGAUUCUCUACCAAAAAUUUACAAAAACGGAGAUAUUGUUAGAUUUCAUAGAGUAAAGAUUAGGGAAUACAAUGGACAAAUGCAAGGAAUUACCAGUGCAGGAUUUGCGUCAUUGACAUUUGAUGGAACCGUAGGAGCACCAGUAGUUCCUCGAGCCUCAAGCAAAGUGUACACCUUCAUAGAUGAAGAACAGAAAACAGUAGAAGAAUUGCGUGUUUGGGCAGCCAGUAAUCUUUCUGUCUCUGGACCAGAAGCAAAAUUGUCUGAUGUUAAGCCAAUGAUGUUCUUCGAUCUCACUUGUCAGCUGGUAGGGAAGGCAAAAGUGGAUGGAUCAUCUUUUCUUCUAAAGGUAUGGGAUGGCACAAAAUGCCCCUACCCAACAUGGAAGGUACCUGUGGAAACAAAAGAACUGGAGGGAGACAAAGUUCUUCUUCAUCAUCUGCGAAAUCUAACAGUGGAUGUUUUAGUCUAUGACAACCACGUACAUCUGGCAAAAUCACUGAAGAUCGGAAGUUUUCUGAGAAUUUACAGUAUCCAUACAAAACAGGCAAGUGCUAAAAAUGAAGAUAUAUCAUCACAUAUAGAAUUUCAUCUUCAUGGUGGCACUUGUUAUGGUCGAGGAAUAGGAAUCUUACCAGAAAACAACCCAGAUGUUGAGGAACUGAAAACGUUCUUAGAAUGUGUGGAACUGACAGACAGUCAGAAUAUGGAAAACAUGUCUUCAUCGGAAUUAGGUGAUGCUUUUGACAACAAUGCAGAUCUUGAAUCACCGUUACAGAGAUGUCAGCAAUUAUCUGCUACAGUAUUGACAGAUCAUCAGGAUAUGAGUAACACAACACUGAAAACUGUUCUGAACAGCAGAGCUCCUCAACAGUUUCGAAUUAAAGCAAAGCUGAGAUCUUUUAAACCCCAGAAGCUUUAUCAGUCUGUUAAACUUCAUUGUUCCAAAUGCAAUACUUUGCAAGAAGUUCCAAAUGGAGAUGCUUUUGAUUCCAUUUUGCAAGGCUGUGAAGCUACUGCCCCAAACCCAGAAUUACAGAGUAUGUCCUGGUAUGAGUCUGUAAUGUGGACUACAGGAGAUGAGAACCAAAGGAAAAUAACUAUUCAUUUUGUAAAGCAUUAUGAAAUGCUUCAACGUCCUGAAAAUACCUUGCUUAUGAUAGAAGGUGGAACCUUAAAAGAAAUCUGGAAGCUUACAAGAAGAUUUAAAUGCGUUAUUCCUGUGAAAUCCAAGGAAGAUAAUCUUGAAUUAUUAGAUCUUUCAGCUCCUUUUCUUUUACAAGGAAACAUAAAAUAUUAUGGAUGUAAGAAGUGUUCAACUCCAAAGAGUAUCAAGAAUCUAAGUUCCCUAGCAGAAAAACGGGAACCAUCGUGGGAACCAACUGAAAUAGCACAAGUUUUAGGUAUUGAACCACUCCAAUACGUUUUCGUUAUGAAGUUCACACUGCUUGAUGGAACAGGAGCACUAAAUGCAUAUCUUUUUGAUUAUGAAAAGUUUUUCCAAAUUCCUGCCUCUGAAAUCUUAACUAAUAGUUUUCUUCAGCAAAAGAUGGAGAUGACCAUGAAUACACUUUCUCCUCCAGGAAGAAAAUUAGAUGACUUGCCAUGGCUGGAAUGCUUCAUCAAGUCCUAUAAUAUUGCAGAUGGAAUGAAACAUCAAGUUUAUUACCAAAUUUUUGACACUACAGUUGCUGAAGACGUUGUAUAGAAAUGUGAUACUAACAGGAAGUAAUCCAGUAAGAAUCCAAUUAUUUUUUAUAUAUCAGAGACUACAUAAAAAAAAAUCCAUGUUCCAUUCUUAUCAGUUCAGACUGUAUAUGUGGCAUUUUCGUUUCUGUUAAGGUGAAUGGAAAUAAUGUUUCAAUGUAUUUUCUACAUUUCUACAUGCAGUGAUCUGACUGCAACUGGAAGAGGCUAAGCUUCACUGGAGGCUGCUCAGCUCAGGGUGAUGGAAGAAAUCUAAUACCCAGCUAUCCUUCAAAAAGGCAGCGAUGAGGUUAUAAACUGAUGAUUUUCCUCAGAAAGUACAAUCAGAAUUAUGCUGCUUUGUUCAUUUCUGUAUUAAAAUAAAUGAUGUUGGUAGAGAUAGAGAGAAGAAGCUCUACAGUAAAUUUUGAGACUAUUUUCUGCAAGUAUUUUGAUGGUGUUACAAAUCUGACUGUGUGAUGCUUAUCACUAAAAUUGAAGUCAGGUCACGAAAGUAAGAGUUUAAAAUUAUAAAAUGAAUAUUAAAAUUCAGUAAACCAUAAAGAUUUUUAAAGUUGGCGACCAGAGUUUAUUACCUGGGUUUGUGUUUUCAAAGGCUCUCAUAUCUAGGUUAAAUUUACUGUCAGAUUAAACUGCCAAGAUCUGCCUUUUCUAUCUUACAUAAUCAGAUUGUUUGACUAAAUUUAGAGAUACCAAACUAAUCUAGUGAUAUCAUGGCUUGAAAGUACUGCUGGAGAAAUUACUUGAUGGUUUUAUUUUGCAUUCAGAAGUACGUAGGAGAAAUUCAGGACAUGUUUCUCCACUGAUAAUUAAUGUAGAAAUCCCUGUCAAAUCAAGUGCUUCCCAUCAGAGAAAAAUCUCAUAAUAUUUACAACAGCUGUUUUUAAAGGAGUUCAGAAGCAAGAUACAGUACUUGUAAGCAGAUAAUUAUUUUAAUAAUAGAUGACACUUUCUUUUUUAAUUUUUUUCAGAGCUUGUUAGUAAUUAUGCAGUUUGUCAAUUUAAAAUUUCACCAAAUGUCUUCUGAUAAUUUUCAGAUAUUCUAAAAGAUUGUAGUGAAUUUAUGUGCCAUAACCCCAGAGAAUAUGCACUUUAUUGAUCAGUGUGUAAGGGGAACUACUACUAAAGGUGAUUAGUGCAUAUUUCCUUUAAAGGAAAAUCUGAACUUCAGAAUGGAGCUGGCCAUUUACUAAAGAGCAGUACUGGUUCAUGAAACAGUACCUGAAUCUGUGAACAACUGCAUAAGCAAAAAUAUUGUGCUAUUAAAGGUGUAUUAUUAAACCUGAGGCACUGGCAGGAUCCAAAUGACUUCAGAAGUUAAGAUUUAAACUGAAGACAAUCUUUUGUAGCUUUUCUUGUAUAUAAUGCAUGAAAGUAUUGGAAGGAGAUAUUUUUGUUAUUUUAUUUUAUUUUUGUUACCAACUGACAGCAGUAAUUGAUAGUGUAUGUUUUUGUAACGAAGUCUUUUCACUGCAUCUGAUGUCAGAGAUCCCUGCCAGAAAAAUGAGACUUCUGUGCUGGUGAAUGUUGUAACUAUUAAAAUGUUUAAUAAAAUCUUUUUCAAAUACUGAGG